AUGGCGGCAGCUGCGGUGCUAACAGCACCCACGCAGUUCAAAGCGGCUCGAGCCGUGGUGGCGGUAAUGGAGGCGUACCGCGACGCGCGCGUGCAGUUCGUCAUGAAAGUCGGCGAACUCGCCGUCUCGCCUCAGAACGCGGAGGCGCUGCUGUCGCUCGGCGCGCUGCAGCUGCUGCUGCCGCUCGCGCAGGACAGCAUGGCGUCCGUGCGAUCCGCUGCGACGCUUUCGUUGGGUCGCCUGGCGAAUGUGUCGCACGCGUGGUCGCACCACCUCGUGCAGCGCAACGUGCUGCCGUCGCUCUGCAAGGCGCUCACCGGCACCAAUCGUCACCACAAGCGCGCAGCAGCAUAUCUAGUCAAAGCCGUGUCACGCCACGCUGGCGCUGAGCUGGCAGAGGCGGGUGUGCUGCCGUUGCUGACGGAGUGCCUUUUGGAUGCCAUGCUGGCAGUGCGCGAGACUGCUGCGUGCGCAUUGGGCCACGUGGUGAAGCACAGCGGUGACCUGGCAAUGAGAGUGGUUGAGACCGGUGCAGUGCGGUUGCUGGUGACAUGCCUUCAGGACGAGGCUGUAGCGCGGAUAGCCCUCUCAGUGCUGAGUGACGUGGCACGCCACUCGCUGCUGCAUGCUACAGCCGUGGCUGCUGCCCAGGACGAGGCUGUAGCGCGGAUAGCCCUCUCAGUGCUGAGUGACGUGGCACGGCACUCGCUGCUGCAUGCUACAGCCGUGGCAGAUGCGGGCGGCAUUACCGCCGCCGUCUCUCUGUCUGCGUCUGCCUCUCUACCAUCGCCAGGCACUCUGACAAGUGUUGGACCAACCCGGAGCAUCUCGCUUGCUGCUCUGCCUGCACGACUCCUCCCCUGCGGGCGUCAGCAGCAGCUUGGAGUGAGGGAGGUGGCGAGGCAGAGGCUUGUAUGCUCAUUCCAAACCCUAUCUACCCACCCACCUCCCCACUCUCCCCUGCCUCUUUUCCCCCUCCCCCUCUCCCCUUCCCCCCCUCCGUUUCCUACUCUCUCUCCCCCCGCAGCAAGUGCUGGACCAACCCGGAGCAUCUCGCCUGCUGCUCUGCCUGCACGACUCGUCCCCCUCCCUGCGCGCAUCAGCAGCAGCGGCGUGGUGGUGGCGCUCGGCUUCCUCGCAGCUUCCUCCCUCGAUGCAGCGCUGGCAGUGGCGAUGCAGCGCUACCAUGUGAUGCAGCGCUGGCAGGGGGGCCUGCGCGUGGGCACUCUCACGUGGGUAAGGAUGUCUGGGGAUGGGUGGGGAUGGGUGGGGAUGGGUAGGGAUGGGUGGGGAUGGGUAGGCAUGGGUAGGGAUGGGUGGAUGGGUGGGGAUGGGCGGGGAUGGGUGGGGACGGGUGGGAAUGGACUUCAUGGGAUCCGAGAGACCAUUUUAUCUUUCUGCAAGCCACUCACGUCUUGGGAUGCAACCUCUUUGCCCAUUCCCUCCUCUUCCCAUCCGCCCCCCCCAUUCCCCGUGUUCCCUGUCCCUUCUCUCUCUGAGACCGCAGCAAGUGAUGGACGAGGGAUGUCCGGGUAUGGGUGGGGAUGGGUAUGGAUGGGUGGGAUGGGUGGGGAUGGGUAUGGAUGGGUGGGAUGGGUGGGGAUGGGUAGGAAUGGGUGGGAUGGGUGGGGAUGGGUAGGAAUGGGUGGGGAUGGGUGGGGAUGGGUGGGGAUGGGUGGGAAUGGCAGUUCCCAUUGCGACCACAAGCGCGCAGCAGCAUAUCUAGUCAAGGCCGUGUCACGCCACGCUGGCACUGAGCUGGCAGAGGCGGGCGUGCUGCCGUUGCUGACGGAGUGCCUUCUGGCUGCCAUGCUGGCGGUGCGCGAGACUGCUGCGUGCGCAAUGGGCCACCAGGACGAGGCUGUAGCGCGGAUAGCCCUCUCAGUGCUGAGUGGCCGUCUCAGGAAACCACCUAGCGUGGCACGCCCACUCGCCGCUGCAUGCUACAGCUCACUCUUAUCACCUGCAGUCCCCUGCAGCACCAUGCUUGCUCCUUCCCUCCAUUUCACCCUGCAGAUGCUCUCCCUUCACUCUUCCGCAGCAGCCAGGACAGCAGCAGGGGCUGCAGCGAUUUCGCAAGCCGGAGGUCUUAUCGCCCAGUCGUCGCAGCAUUGCGCCGAUCUUAGCCAUUGCUUCGCUACUGUCGCUUCGCCUCAUCGCAACCAGCAAGAUCCAUCAGCAGAAGCGGAAAUCGCUGGCUCGAACGAUCAGGAAGCCGAUUCGCUGGUCCUGUCUGGCGCAGGUGACGACGGAAGCCGAUCGGGCGCAGGACGACCCGCGGGUUCAUCAGAUGGACGCUCAGACGGGGACGAUGGUUUUCGUGUUAGAUCGGAGCCGUGGAUCUUCAACCUGACCGAACUUCCUCCUGAUUCGACGGCCGCGCGUUUGUCAGAGGAGAGCAAGGAGAACAUGUGGCUGUUGCAUCAGAAGGAUCCGGGUCAUUGGAGCGUCGCACGGCUGGCUCGCGAGUAUCGCGUGCGACAGCAGCGAGUGCAUGCGAUCCUGUGGCUCAAGGAUCUGGAGAAGAAGAUGGAGGAGGAGCAAGGCAAGCCUCUUGAUGACUCCAUCGCAAAGGAGUUUGAGAAGCAGCAUGGUUCCUACGACAAGGCAGUGGGAGAGCGGCAUGUGAAGAUCUACCCGAGUGAAGCCGUCGACUCGCUUCCGGAGGGGCCGGAGAGGGUAAAGCUGCUGCUACAGGAGUCUGAGAAGGAGGAGAUGUGGAAACUGGACGAGUUUGUCAAGAGAAUGGAGUUCAACAAGAAACAGUCCGUGGAUGCGACUGACCAGGCGGCUAUCAAGGCAGCGAUAACAUCAAUAGAUGAGGAGUGCCCUAUUGAUAUCUUACAGUGCAAUGCCGGCAUUGUGAGGACCGGACUUGUGGAAGACUUAUCGGCUGACGACGUGCAGUCACAGGUUCACACCAACUUCCUGGGGAGUGUCUACCCAGUGCAGGCUGUACUCCCAAGCAUGAAGGCUCGGGUCGAGGCUGGGGAGAAGCCUGGAGCUAUUGUCUUCACGUGCUCUCUAGCAGCCCUGGUGAGCCUUCCUGAUAAUCUUAUUCAUCCAUAA